ACAUUACGGAGAAGUGAAAGGUGUUGCUUGGUAAACGGAUUUGGUCGGACUGGUUUGGUGUGGAUACCUCACAGCCUUUCUUUCUGUUCAGCAUUCUCGUGUGUUGCCACCAUCCAGCGUCUCGUGUUACUUCCGUCUGGAUAUGGAUGCCCAGUAUCCCUUUGCCUCCCGCGACGAUAUCUGGCGCGUCUUCGAAGAGCUGAAGGAGCUCCACGCCACACAGUUUGAACAGGCGGAGCGUAUCGCAAGACUGGAACGGCGCAGGGACGAGGAUGCAAAGCUGAGGAGUGUUUGGGGUCCUUUGUCGCCGUUUCCUAGCUCCGUUGGGGGCACAAUCCCCUCAGAGCCGGUCUUCCAUACCCCCGCGGACGCUUUCAAGGGUUUCGAUCAGGGACACCAUCACGGGGCCGUCUCUACAAUGGGUCUCGACAACGAAGAGGAGCCGCGACGGGGCACUUCCAGGGCAAACAGUGUUAGGUUUGAUGAAAGUGCCAUCCAUGGGUACUACGGGCAGGCCAAUCGAUCUAGUAGUGAGCUGCCACUCCGCACCGGCAGCGGUCUCGGAAGCCAUCCCCUGACGGAGCGGUCCUUGUCUCAUCGGUCAGAUGGGAGGCAAAGCUCUUCCGGGCACUCCCACCAUUCUGCUCGUACCAACAGCCUGGGCCUUGAAACAACUAGCAGGAUGAUGAGCUCUGUUGGUGGUUCUCCUCUUAUUCCUCCGCCUGGACUGUUCCUCCUUGGCCCUGUGCCAUGCAUCAUUCGGUGCUGGCUGACAACUACCUUCUCCAAUGAUUCUCUCCUGUACGCUGCUGUCUGCUCGGGCUCAUACACCUCGUCACUGGGAUACCCGAUGGUUCAGAUGCUUGGGUUGGCAGAUCAAAUCUUGUAUGAGGGAGAUGUGCAGUACAUCAAGCUCCCGAUCUACCUUCCCGAAGCCAGUGUGCACCAAGCCUCUUCGCGGUCCAGCAGCCCCGAACCUCAAGUACCUACGUUGACCGUUCGGUUUCUAGUCCGCGAGGUUGAGUCUGGCGACACUGCAAUCCAGAUUGUCCUGGGAAGUGACGUCCUUCGGUCCCACAACGCCGACGUGCUCUUUUCACAAGACAAGAUUAUCAUGGUUGAUGAUGAAAGGAACAAGGUAUCCAUACCCUUGGUGCGCCCCGAAGAUGAUUCAGUUUUCAAGUCAUUGUCCACGAUGUCGGAUGCCACCCGCAGCGGGCGAAAGGCUCGUUCGGUCCACGAGGAUAUCCAGGCGGACACGAACGGCCAUGCAACCUUUGGUGUGAUUGGGCGUCCUGCCAGCCUCUCUCGCCGGGCUACCUCCACGUCUGCCUCUGCAAGGGAGUCUCUCGAGGGAUCCGAGGAGAGUCGAAAGGCUCGCCCGGAGACCCAAGAGGGGUCAACGGACAUUGAUGCCCAAAAGGAACAGAAGUCCGGCGCAGAAGUCGAUGCCCAGGUGGGUGGCCCAGCACGGGUGGAGGCAGCUGGAGUCUGGGGCUCGUGGAAACGCGAGUCCAAGUCAGAUCCGAACGCUUCUGCAACAGGCAAGGCCACCCGUGGCCGUACGAUGAAAGUACUGCGGCCGACGAAAUCCUCCACACGAGUGGCUCAAGCUACGACUGUUCCUAGUAGUUCUGGUACCGACUAUGCCGCGACCUCAGGGCCGUCGCAGCCCGCGUCGACCCGAGCAUCACCGGAUGGGACACGGACGAGCAAGCAGUGGCCUAGCAAUCCAGUUGGCGGGGCGUCCGCAUUUGGCUGGCUCAACACCACACAGCCACCAGGUCGGACUGCAAUGACCCCUAAAUGAAACAAAUUAGGGUGUUCCUUGUAUCUUUUCCGUGACUUGAGACAGUCUAAUUGACGUACCGCAAUACUG